GCGGGCCGGGGGCGGGGCCUCGCGCGGUACUGGGGCUGCUCUUCUGGCCGGGCUGGCACUUUGGCUACGGACAUCCUUCGUCUUCUUCGUCUCGUCUUCCGUGACCUCCGCUUGUCGUCACCAUGAAUCCGGACCUGCACCGGGAGCGGGCCGCCGCCAGCUUCAACCCCGAUCUGCUCACGCAUAUCCUGGACGGCAGCCCACAGAAAACCCGGCGCCGCCGAGAGAUCGAGAACUUGAUCCUGCACGACCCGUACUUCCAGCACGAGGACUUGAACUUCCUCUCGCGCAGCCAGCGGUACGAGGUGGCUGUCAAGAAGAGUGCCGCCUUGGUGAAGAAGAUGAGGGAGUUUGGCAUCUCAGACCCCGAUGAAAUCAUAUGGUUUAAAAACUUUGUGCACCGAGGGCCUUCGCCUCUGGAUCUUCACUUGGGCAUGUUCCUGCCCACCUUGCUUCACCAGGCGACUGCGGAACAGCAGGAGCGCUUCUUCAUGCCCGCCUGGAACUUGGAGAUCAUUGGCACUUAUGCCCAGACAGAGAUGGGUCAUGGAACUCAUCUUCGAGGCUUGGAAACCACAGCCACUUAUGACCCUGAAACCCAGGAGUUUAUUCUCAACAGUCCUACUGUGACCUCCAUCAAGUGGUGGCCUGGUGGACUUGGGAAGACUUCAAAUCAUGCGAUAGUACUUGCCCAGCUCUACACCAAGGGGAAGUGCUAUGGAUUACACGCCUUCAUAGUACCUAUUCGUGAAAUUGGAACCCAUAAGCCUUUGCCAGGUAUCACUGUUGGGGAUAUUGGCCCUAAAUUUGGCUACGAUGAGAUGGAUAACGGCUACCUGAAGAUGUACCAUUACCGUAUCCCCAGGGAAAACAUGCUGAUGAAGUAUGCCCAGGUGAAGCCCGAUGGCACCUACGUGAAACCCGUGAGUAACAAACUGACCUACGGGACCAUGGUGUUUAUCAGGUCCGUCCUUGUGGGAGAAGCCGCUCGCGCUCUGGCUAAGGCAUGCACCAUCGCCAUCCGAUACAGUGCCGUGAGGCACCAGUCUGAAAUCAAGCCCAGUGAACCAGAACCACAGAUUUUGGAUUUUCAAACCCAGCAGUAUAAACUCUUUCCACUGCUGGCCACUGCCUACGCCUUCCAUUUCGUGGGCGCAUACAUGAAGGAGACCUACCAUCGGAUCAAUGAAGACAUUGGCCACGGGGACCUGAGCGAGCUGCCCGAGCUUCACGCGCUCACCGCUGGGCUGAAAGCUUUCACCUCCUGGACAGCGAACACCGCGAUCGAGGCCUGUCGGAUGGCUUGUGGCGGGCAUGGCUAUUCUCACUGCAGUGGUCUUCCCAAUAUUUAUGUCACCUUCACCCCCACCUGCACCUUCGAGGGAGAAAAUACUGUCAUGAUGCUACAGACGGCCAGGUUCCUGAUGAAAAGUUACGAUCAGGUGCACUCAGGGAAGUUGGUGUGUGGCAUGGUGUCCUACCUGAAUGACCUGCCCAGUCAGCGCAUCCAGCCGCAGCAGGUCGCAGCCUGGCCGACCACAGUGGACAUCAACAGCCCCGACAGCCUCACCGAGGCGUAUAAACUCCGUGCGGCCAGACUAGUAGAAAUUGCUGCGAAAAACCUUCAGACUGAAGUGAGUCACAGAAAAAGCAAGGAGGUAGCGUGGAACCAGACUUCCAUCGACCUCGUUCGAGCAAGUGAGGCACAUUGCCACUACGUGGUAGUUAAGCUCUUUACAGAACAGCUCCACAAAAUUCAAGAUAAAUCCAUCCAGGCUGUCUUGAGGAAUUUAUGUCUCUUGUAUUCUCUGUAUGGAAUCAGUCAGAAAGCAGGGGAUUUUCUUCAGGAGAACAUCCUGACAGACUCUCAGGUCAUCCAAGUGCACCAGCGCAUCAAGGAGUUGCUGACUGUCGUUCGCCCGGAUGCGGUGGCUUUGGUGGAUGCGUUUGAUUUUCAGGAUAGGUCGUUGGGCUCUGUGCUUGGCCGCUAUGACGGGAAUGUGUAUGAGAACUUGUUUCAGUGGGCCAGGUUAUCCCCCCUGAACAAAACAGAGGUCCAUGAAUCUUACUACAAGCACCUGAAGCCACUGCAGUCCAAGCUGUGACGGUCACAGCAGCAAGCGGAGCCUGCUCCAGAAAGCAGCUGUACUACUCCACGCGCGCUGUAUGUCACACGGAUCUGUGCAGAGUCUUUAUCGAAUCAGAGGCAUUGGGCAAAUGAUCAGUUGACCCUUUUCCCCUUUAUAAAUGAAGGAAAAAAUGAACAACUUACAGAGAUUAAAUGAAAAAACAAAUGUGUUUUAAGUGCAAUUAACAUUGAAAGAGAGCUUGUUAAGCAUUCAGAAAAAACUUUAAGAAAUGCAUUGUGUCCUCCCUUUGCUACGCUGCUGGUCCUAGUAGACUAUAACUUUUGAUAAUUAGAAUUUAACUACUAAGUAGUUAAUGUUUUCACAUCUUAAUUGCUAAUCACUGGAUAUAUGUUUGUAGGCAAAGGUGUUUUGAAGUGGGGUAGAACCCUUCUAAGCUUUCUGCUAAAUACCCUGCUGCUCCCGCAUGGGCCCUGGCAUAAAAGCAGGGCUGAAGAAAGCGGACUGGGGGAAAUAAACUAAUCAGGAAAUUGGGUGGGAGUGGUUUGUGCUUGGCACACUGCCUGCCUGCUUGCCCUCGGUUGCGGACAUACUGUUUCUGUUUGGUUAUAGUAGCGUUUUUCCAACACAAGGAUUUCUUCAUCAAGAUCAUGGUCCUGUGUAGUUGGGAACUAGUGUUCCAUUUGAAGGAUCCCUAAAUUGUCACUGUAGUAACACUACAAUUUCCUUUGUCCCCAACUUCUUGGGAAGAGGUAGGUAGCAAAGUUAUGAACACAUAGGACAUACGACAACUGAUGGGACUUCAAUCAGUGGUGUUUGGUCUCCCUCCCUCCCUCUCCCUUAACCUUCAGAAAGAGGUGCUGAAGAAAGGAGACAAAAGUCACAGUUCCUCCCGAGUAGAGUAAGGACAGGGAGAGCUCUCAGUUACACUUGCUCUGACUCUGGUGAUCGUAUUAACUGGGUAGUCUAGAACAAUCAGGAUUUCACAUGUUCUGACAUUUGGCCCAAAUCAUUAAAA